AUGAUAAGAAUUGUUGGAAAAAAUUAGUUAAAAUUAGGAUCUGAUAUUUUAAAUAAGAGUGGCAUUAUGAAAUAAAAUAAAUCAUUUUACUACAGUUAAUAAAUAUUGCACAAAAUUAAUAUAUUUUAUCGACUAAAUUGA